UAAUAUUCUGUAACCUUUAUUAUUAUUCUUUGCUUUCUAGUUUUCCCAGGUUUUUUAUUUUUUUUCCUUACUUUUACAUACUUUUUUUUUAUUUUUAUUUAGUAUUAUAUUUUUGCCAGAGUUUCGUUAGAGUAAAAAUAUUAUUUGAAUUUUGGAUACCUAGUUAGUAGCUGCCUAAUAACGAUAAGCAAUUGUAAAGUUUUAUUAGAUACUUUUUUCGUUCAAGAAAAAAGUUUUUAAUUUGAAUACCUAAGUGUUAUCUUAAAAUGAACGGAACAAAGUUUGUUGGAUAUGCUAAGAGAUGUUUGAACGUGAACUUUAUCAGUAUUCGUAGCGCGGGCUCGGCGGCCCCGGCGGCCAAGGCGGCGGGCGCUCGCGUCAGCGCAUCCUUCACCUUGAACUUGUUCCGGGGCCAGCUCGAGACCUCGCAAGUGUUCCCGUUCCCUGAACCGCUCACGGAAGACCAGAGGCAGACUCUGGCAGAGUUGGUGCCGCCUGUUGAGAAGUUUUUUCAAGAGGUGAACGACCCGGCCAAGAACGACGCGGACGCGCAGGUGGACGAGCGCACGGCGGCGGGGCUGUGGGAGCUGGGCGCGUUCGGGCUGCAGGUGCCGGUGGAGCUGGGCGGGCUGGGGCUGUGCAACACGCAGUACGCGCGCCUGGUGGAGGUGGUGGGCGCGCACGACCUGGGCGUGGGCAUCACGCUGGGCGCGCACCAGUCCAUCGGCUUCAAGGGCGUGCUGCUGUUCGGCUCGGAGCGCCAGCGCGCGCACUACCUGCCCAGGGUCACCGCCGGCGAGUACGCCGCCUUCUGCCUCACCGAGCCCUCGUCGGGCUCCGACGCCGGCUCCAUCAAAUCGCGAGCGGUGCUGUCUCCCGACGGUAAGCACUACAUCCUCAACGGAUCCAAGAUCUGGAUCAGUAACGGCGGCAUCGCGGAGAUCAUGACCGUGUUCGCGCAGACGCCCGUUCAGAAGGACGGCAAGACUGUGGACAAGGUGACCGCUUUCAUCGUGGAGCGCGGCUUCGGCGGCGUGUCGUCGGGCCCGCCCGAGAACAAGAUGGGCAUCCGCUGCUCCAACACGACCGAGGUGUACUUCGAGGACGUGCGCGUGCCCGUAGAGAACGUGCUGGGCGGCGUGGGCAACGGGUUCAAGGUGGCCAUGAACAUCCUCAACAACGGCCGCUUCGGCAUGGCGGCCGCGCUCGCGGGCACGCAGCGGGCCGCGCUGCGCCAGGCGGCCGAGCACGCCGCCACGCGCCAGCAGUUCGGGCGCCGCCUGGCCGACUUCGGCGCCGUGCGGGAGAAGCUGGCGCGCAUGGCCAUGCUGCAGUACGUCACGGAGUCGCUGGCCUACAUGGUGAGCGGCAACAUGGACGCGGGCGCCGCGGACUACCAGCUCGAGGCCGCCGCCGCCAAGGUGUUCGCGUCCGACUCGGCCUGGCUCGUGGUGGACGAGGCCAUCCAGAUCCUGGGCGGCAUGGGCUACAUGAAGGCCACGGGCCUGGAGCGCGUGCUGCGCGACCUGCGCAUCUUCCGCAUCUUCGAGGGCACCAACGACAUCCUGCGACUCUUCAUCGCGCUCACCGGCAUCCAGUACGCCGGCUCGCACCUGCAGGAGCUGAUGCGGGCCUUCAAGAACCCGGCCGCCAACCUGGGGCUCGUGUUCAGCGAGGCGGGGCGCCGCGCCGGCCGCGCCGUGGGGCUGGGCGCCGCGCCCGCGCUCGAGCCGCACGUGGCGCCGGCGCUGCGGCCCGCCGCGCGGCAGCUGGCGCGGCGGGCCGCCGAGCUGGGCGCGGCCGUGGAGGCGGCGCUGCGGCGCUACGGCCGCGGCGUGGUGGACGAGCAGCUCGUGCUCAACCGGCUGGCGGCCGCCGCCGUCGACGCCUACUCCGCCGCCGCCGUGCUGGCGCGCGCCUCCCGCGCCGCCGCGCGCGCGCUGCCGUCCGCGCCGCACGAGCUGGCGCUGGCCGAGGCGUGGACCGAGGAGGCCUGCGAGCGCAUGGGCGGGCUGGCGGCCGGCCUGGCGCCGCGCGCGCUGGCGCACGACGCGCGCCUGCUGGCGCUGGGCGCCGCCGUGGCGGCCGCGGGCGGCCAGCCCACGCGCUCGCCGCCGGGCCUGUGA